AUGGCAAAGGAAGGAGAAGGAGAUGAAAGAUGGAUCGUCAAUGAUCUCGGCAUUACAGGACGCAAUGUCGGAAGAUGGCACUGGACCGAUGAAGAUGUUUUACCUUGGUGUAAGAAUGAGUUGAAGCAACGAUUCAAGAACGUGGAGCUUUUAUCCAAGGGAAAUAUGAGAAUUACUACUACCUCAUCGGUUACAACAAAAGGUGAAGCCAGCAUCAUGAAUCGUAAGCGCAAGCUUAUUGCAAUUUAUGAAUUGGAUGUGGAAAUUGGAUGGACAGGUAAAUUAUUAUUAGGAGAUCCAUCAGAAAUGACGGAUGAAGAUUCGGAAAAGUGCAUUGUGGCCAAAGGAAAAAUUAAACUUCCUUACAUUUCUCAAGAAAUUGACCAAGGAAGUGAUUUUGAAAUUAACAUUGAAAUGGAUUCAAGCUGCAAGAAGCAAGAACAUAAAAUGAUCAAGGAGGCAUUGAGAACUGAAGGUGCCACCACUAUUAAGAAAAUUGUGAAUGAAUUUUUAUUGGCAUUGCGUGACGGAGCAAAUGUGAGAGAAAAAUAUCAACUUUGGGAAGAGCAAGAACAGAAUCUCAAAGUCUCCUCUAGUCGUGGCACUUCUUCAUCUGAACAACCUCCAUCAGAGAUUGACCCAGAGACUGGAGUCAGCAAGAAUGUGACCGAGGUUGUCCUUGGUGCUGGUGGUGGCCAUGUUCCAGAAGAACAAAAGAAGAAGGUCGAGAUUAAGAUUACAGAAAAAUUUAAGGGAGCACCAUUGCCAAAGAUUUUCGAGUUUUUCACGGAACCAGCUAUUAUUUCUCAAUAUACACAAAGUAAGGCUGAGAGUGAAAAGAAGACAGGUGGUAAAUUUUCUCUGUUCAAUGGCAAGGUCACUGGUACUUUUGUUGAAUUUACUCCCAACCAGAAAAUUGUUCAAAAGUGGCGAUUCGACGAUUGGCCAGAGAAGGCCACAAGUACAGUCACUCUUACUUUUACAGAUUCAGGAAAUGGUGAGACUAUUGUGAAAUUACAUCAAGUCGAUAUUCCAUACAAGGACUCUAAUGGCUACUAUGUGAAGGAAAAGUUGAGAGUGGAUGGACUGAAAACUUCUUUAAGAGAAUUAAGAUGA